UUUCACGCGCAUUUUCUACGUGUAGUCGAACACGAUUAUUCGAAUUGUUGGGCUUGUUGGUAAAUGAUAAAUUUGCCGUUUCAUGAAUCAUCUUCAGUCGGUAUUAUAUCAUCUGCUUGCACGUCAUGUUUUGUAUUUUAUAACAGAGAAAGUUUUACGGACAAUCACAUGAAUUUAGAAUUUUAAUGUAUCAUUUUAUUGCAAUGCUUUAAAUAUACUGCAGGAUAUUAACAUUUUAUGUACUAUUAUCGACCAUCCUGUUGAAUGCAUGCAUUUAUGCGCUAUCGGUAAAACAUGAAACAUUGUUGAUGUUUACGCGUCCGGCUUCAAUGAUGUUGCUUGAAAUAUCUCCCGAAACAUUGCAAAUGUAAAUGAAACGUACAAUAUAUCUUUCAUCAUGUUCCUUGGCGCAACAUAAUAUUGCGAAACAUAAAUCAUUCCAGCGAUAAAAUGCUCGAUACAGAACACGAUGAUGCUCGGAAACAAAGCAGCGAGCGAGAUACGUUACUCGAAGAACAAUAUGAAAUUGUGGAGGACCUCAAACGAGAUUUGCACUUAUGCAAGACAGAACAAUAUAAUAUGCGAGUUGAAUUAGAAAUUCUGCGAAAUGAGAAUCAAAAGGUUACCGAUAUAAAAGAAUCCCUGAAUCGUAUUCACUUAGAAGAAUGUGAUAACGAAGAUGCGCAUAAAAAGGAAAUAAAAAAUUUACAAGAACGUAUUAAGCUGUUAGAAACAGAAAAAGAUUCGGCUUUGCAACUAUGGCAUAUUUCCCUGGAUACUGUAAGUGCCUUAGAAGAUCAAUUAAAAGGAUUUCAUGUACAUGGGAAAGGGACAAAAUUUUAUCAAGAAGAAACAAAUGCUAUUAAGGAAAGUUACUCGGAAGCUAUUAAAAUGUUAGAGGAAAAACUUGCAUUGGCCAAAGAUAAUUUUAUCAAACAUCAAACACUGUAUGAAAGUAGUAAAGAAAAAAUUAACAGUUUGACUAAUGAAAAGGAUAAACUUUUGGAAAAAUAUAAAGAUCUUGAAAUGAGCGCCCAUGAUAAAGACAGGACUAACCAGCUGACGAUAGAGACGUUAAAACAGGAAUUAGCUUAUGCCAAAACAGAAACCAAUAAAAUGGUACAAGCAAAAUUAGAAUUAGAAAAACAGUUGAAUGAAGUUAAAACGUAUGCUGCGAACGUAAUGGAAAGAGACAAGGAAACAAAAGCUAAGAUGGGAGAAGUUAUUGAACUGAUAGAAUCUGCGGUUAGAGAGAAGGAUUUGGUGCUUCGUCGUGAAACUCUUGUAUUGGAAGAAAAAGCCAGAUUAGAACAGAGACUAAGUGUAAUAGGUAAUGAAUAUGAUGUAAAGAUACAAGAGUUGAAUAAAAAAACAAGAGAUGAGAUUGAGUUAAAUACUAAAAGGUAUCUAACAGAGAUCAAUGAACUUAAGGCAGAACUAAAGGCAAAAAUAACAGUAGCAGAAAAAGCUCAGAGAGAAUUGAAAUUUACUGAAGAAGAAUCAAACAAAAUACGCAGAGAUUUAAAUGUAAAAGUAUUAGAAUAUGAACAGAAAGCCAAACGUAUGGAACUUCAGUUACAAGUAUACGAUGAAGCAAUAGCUAAAAAUAAAUAUGAUAUGGAAAUUAAGCAAUUAAGAGAAAAAAUUAUUAUUCUUGAGAGUAAGCUGGGUACUUCAAAUGAUAAAUUACAGAAGUUAGAGGAACAGCAAACUAGUAACAUACAAGAUCAGAUGAAUAAAGCUGAUCAUGAAAAUAAAGAUAUAAUGAAACAAUAUUCGGAUUUAGAGAAUCAAUUAGCUAAAACAUUAGGUGAUAAAGAGAAUCUUGUAUCGCAAUUAAAGUCAUUGAAACAUGAUUUUGAGUAUGAAAUACAGAAAAGAGAUAAUGAAAGGCAUUCUCUUGAAAAUAAAAUCCAAGAACUUGAAGUUAAUCUUCAUAAGGCAACUUGUAUAAAGGAAAAUAAAUUUAGAGAUGACAUUACUGAUGGAAUAAAUCCAUAUGUCAAAAAUAAGCCUAGUUUUGAUAUUACAGUUGAAAACAAAUGUCAUUGUUGUCAGUCUGCAUUAUCAGAUUAUAUGAAUAAAUUGCAAGAGAAAUUUGAUAGGAAAACAAAGGAGUUAAUCAAUCAUGUUCAAGUUCACCAAAAAUUAAGUAAAAAAUGGAGGGAUGAAGCAAAAUCUUUGACAGUUAAAUUUCAAGGGAAAUCUAAAGAACUAAGGGGAAAGAUAAAUUUCUUACAGAAGGAAAAUAAUGAAUUAAAUAGAGAAUUAUUAACUUGCAAACAACAAUUGGCACAACAUGCAAUUGAGGAUAUACAGAAAUUUAAUGAACCGAAUGAAAUUAGGUGAUAAUGUUUUCCUGCAUCUACAAGAACUUUAUAAUGGAUGUUUCAUCAUGUACAUAUUACAGGAAUAUGUAAAUUUAUUCACUUUAAAAAUACAUUUUAUGCUACAGAUAUCCUUUUUUUUAAAACACUGUCUAUCUAUAUAUAGUAAA